GCCUGGAAAGGAGAAAAGGGAGAGGUUAUUGAGUAUUAUAUCAGCUAAAAUGUCAAGACUUUCAAAUGAAAUGAAGCAAAAAGAUGGUAAUCUGCUAUACCCAUCUCCUCUUUCGCCUUUUGAUGGUGGCGCUGAUCCGAUAUCAAAUGAUUCCACACCAUCAUCAUCGUCUUCUUUCAGCAGCAUCAGCCCAAUCCUUCUUCUAGUUAUAGUAAUUCUAGCUGUCAUCUUCUUCGUCUCUGGUUUACUUCAUUUACUCGUUCGAUUUCUACUGAAAAGAUCUUCCCCAGCAAUUUACCAGUCCAAUCGAUACCCAGAAAGGCCUGGAUCUCACACGCUCCAAAGACAGCUUCAGCAGCUCUUUCGCCUUCACGAUUCAGGCCUCGACCAAGCCUUCAUCGACGCCUUGCCUGUGUUCUUGUACAAAGAUAUUAUGGGUUUGAAAGAGCCCUUCGACUGCGCCGUUUGUCUCUACGAAUUCUCCGACCAUGACCGCCUGAGGUUGCUCCCAAUCUGCAGCCACGCCUUCCAUAUUAACUGCAUAGACACAUGGCUGCUCUCGAACUCCACUUGCCCCCUCUGCAGAGCCACCCUCUUGGGCUCUAACUUUCCUCUGGAAAACCCUAAUUUCAACGAGAUUUUAGGGCAAGAGAACGGUUCUCUCAGACACCCAGAGAAUUCCCUUUCUGGGAAUCAGAAACGAGUAACAACGGAGGAGCCGGCAGGGAAAAUGAAGGUCUUCUCUGUGAGACUCGGCAAGUUCAAGAGACUAAACAGCGAGGAACAAGAAGAAGAAGAAAACGACGAUGAUGAAGGAAGAGAAGAGAAAGGAGAGAGCAGCAGCAAAAAUAACCUAGAAGCGAGACGAUGUUACUCGAUGGGGACUUACCAAUACGUUGUUGGCGAUUCAGAUUUGCAGGUGAUGAAGGAGAAAGCAAACCCUGAAAAUUUUCCGGGAAAUGGGGAUGUGGAAGGAAAGAAAAUCAGCGGGAGAAGUAAGGGGGAAAGCUUCUCGGUGUCGAAGAUAUGGCUCUGGUCCAAGAACAGUGGCUUCCCAAACCCUAGCAGCUCGAACACUCAAUGGAAGCGGGAACUUGUCUGAAAUUUUCUUCGAUUUUGACAUCAAUGGAAGUUGGAACUCCGAUUGAAUCAGAGAAAUGAGAUCAAAAUGAUCCAUGGGAGGAACUUGAAUUCAGUUUUCUGAGAAAGAUAACACUAUCUAGAUGAAGAGGCUUCUUCAGAUUGUUCUGAAAUUUUAAUAUCAAAAUGAUCAUCUCUACGCCAUCACCAUGUGUGUAAACCUACAGAAGAAAUUCUUACUCCAAUUAAUGCGAAGGAAGAUAGAAAUUAGAAUGUGGGCAUGUCUGAAAUUAGGUUGAAAUCGAUUUUGGUUUCCAAAAUUUGAUGUGUA